CUCAAGCCAAGAUCCCAUUGUAAUGGAUGAAAUGGAAGCCAUGAAUGGAACAACUGUGUGCGUCACAGGAGCAUCUGGGUUCUUCGCCUCCUGGCUUGUCAUGCGCCUUCUUCAAAAAGGUUACAAUGUCAGGGGGACUGUGCGCGAUCCUGGGAACGAGGAAAAAGUUGGGCAUCUGUGGAAGCUCCCUGGGGCGAAAGAGAGGCUUCAACUCGUUAAAGCUGAUUUACUAAUAGAUGGUAGCUUUGAUGAUGCUGUCAAUGGCUGCCAGGGAGUUUUUCACACAGCUUCCCCUGUUGUUACAGUCAAGUCAGAUCCUAAGACUGAAAUUCUGGAUCCAGCUAUUGCUGGAACACUGAAUGUUCUUAGAUCUUGCAAGAAAAAUGAAAGUGUAAAGCGAGUGAUUUUGACAUCCUCUUCUUCUGCUGUUAGAGUCAGGACUGAUUUUGAUCCAUCUGUUCCUCUCAAUGAGUCCAGCUGGGGCUCUGUUGAACUCUGUGAAAGACUUCAGUUAUGGUAUCCUUUGGCAAAGAUAUUAGCAGAGAACGCUGCAUGGGAUUUCGCUGAGAAAAACAAUUUAGACAUGGUUGUGGUUCUUCCCACAUUUAUAAUAGGACCGAGCCUUCCUCCUGAUCUAAGCUCUACUGCAUCAGAUGUGCUUGGGUUGUUAAAAGGGGAGACGAAGAGGUUUGCAAUGCAUGGACGUAUGGGAUAUGUUCACAUUGAUGAUGUUGCUCGUUGUCACAUCCUGGUUUAUGAAGAGGCAAGAGCAAAAGGACGUUACAUAUGCUCAUCUGAUGUACUAGAUAACUCUGAGUUAGCACAAAUCUUGGCACAGCGUUACCCACAUUUAAACAUCCCCACACGAUUUGAGAACAUAUGGGGAACAAGGCAUCCAUACACUUAUGAUACCUCCAAGUUGAAGAAUCUUGGUUUUGAAUUUAAGGGUACCAUUGAUAAAAUGUUUGAUGAUUGUAUUGCAUCACUCAUAGAUCAAGCAUACCUUCCUAAACAAGGAAAAUAAUAGUAGCAAGAUCCAACCUCGUAAAUAGCAUAUGCUAUUCUCUUCUAUUUGCAAGACUCAAUAGUUGCUUAUGAUAUUUUAUGGUGACAAGGUUUCUCUAGUGAUGCUAAUUAGUGCUUGUGAAUUCCUAGUGACAAAAUAAUGAGAGCUUUAUUUCAAUGAAAACUUAAUGUCUUUGCUCUA